GUCACCCAGCAGGCCACGGUUUCCCGCGGUGAGGAUUGCCUCCUGCAAGCGUGGUACGUUUCCUCUGUGCGGCACGCGCUGUAGAAGCUGGGACAACGCCGUCCCAGAGGCUGAAUUUCCGUUUCCAGUGGGCAGCUUGUUCGGAUUCUUCACUUGUAAGGACAUGUGUACUGGCUAGAAGCAAGGGAUCGCCCGCAGGGCUGAGAAUGACAGUUUCAGAUGGAUCAAAUUCCAAAUCGGACGACACACCCUCCGAACAACUGCGCAGGGAAGAAUCUUUCCAGGAUUUCAGCAUCUCCUAAACACCUAUUGACUUGUGUAUGUUGCCUUACACAGGAACAGGCGGAGCCCAUAGUCCAGAUCAGAUAGGGAUUUUAUAUACCGCUGUGUUCCAUAUGCCUCCAUUCUCAUCCGGCUUUGUUUUUCUAAAGCGCUUCUCGACCAGAAAGACAUUCAGAUGUCCUCAACGAUGAGAUCAAAUUUGAGGCUUGUUAAUUGUCAUGAAACCUAGCGUAGGUUGUAAAUGUGUUAGCCAAGCACCGAGAGAAGAUUUAGCCCUUCAAAAUUAGAGACGGUAUUGUUUCAUUCGGCGCCCCGGGAUUGCCACUGCCUCUGCCAUCGAGCUGACACGUAACUCCCACCCAUAGCACGCAGCGCUCGCUGCGCUCCAGGACCCUGCUCAGAACUGAGUUUGGGCCUUGGAUACCUGAGUGACAAAAACGUGAUCCCUCCAAUCAGACACUCAGAAGAGGAAUAUGAAUAUGGUACAUGGCUCAUGAGGAUGAAGACAGCGGUCUCCGCAAGCCGCUUUCCGUGCGGGCAAAGGUUCAUCUCUUCUGAAUAAAUGAAGAAAGUGAGUAUGAAAGCACAGCAUGUACCUUCUGUUUCCAUCAAUGAGGAGAAGUUUAUAACCAGAGAGCAGCUCAGUUCUCUUCUGAAGACUUAUAACUCGUACUAUUCUGAUCAAGAAAAUCUGCAACUGUCGCAUAGUCAGCAAGAAGAUGGCAAACCAUUUAUUGAGGGAAUCUUGUCAAUAUUUUGGGGAGUCCGACAUCCUAUCCAAUUAAAAAUUCAGGAUGAGAAGCAGAUAGCCUCUUUUGUAACCCUGAAGUCAACAGAGAACGUGGGUUCGUUCCCUAGUAAAAGGGGAAUGACACGCUGGGGAGAAUUCGAUGACCUACAUCAUAUUAGCGGGGAAACACUGAAAUCUGCUGAAGAAAAGCCAAACCCUGAGCAAAGUUAUUCAUGUUAUGAAAGCCACACUCUGAAGUCCAAGAGCGAGCCAGAACAUGAUUGUGGUACGCUGCCCAGGGCCGGCAGCAGCGCUGCGGCUGUGCGGAAGAGGACCAAGUUCCCCAUGAUAGCGAGGACAGAAGUACAAACUCACAGGUUCUCAAUUAACGGCCACUUCUACAACUACGAGACAUCGGUUUUUACUCCAGCUUUUGGAUCAGAAACCAAAAUAAGAAUAAACAGUCAGAUGAGAACGAGACAAGUAAUAGAACAAUUGCUUCGAAAGUUUAAGAUAGAAAACAGCCCACACGAAUUUGCACUUUAUAUUAUCCACGCGUCCGGAGAAAAGAAGCAGCUGAGGAGCGGAGAUGUUCCCUUACUGCACAGACUCUUGCAGGGGCCCUCGGAGAAGGUUGCCAAAUUCUUUCUCAUGGACAGGGACGUGGAAGAGAUUAGCAGUGAUGUUGCUCAGUACAUUCAAUUUCAUCUUCCCUUUCUGGAGUCGAUUCUGCACAGAAUAAAUGAAGAAGAAGAACAGGAGAUUCAACAGACAAUUGCGAGGUACCUGAAAGAGAAGAGUAUGAUACGCCAGCACCUUCAGAGCCGAACUGUUAGGAAAACAGAGACUACCGUUUGAUGUGAACGGCCCGUUGCAAAUAGCCCACGCGCCGCCUUUGCCGAAGCAAAGCCAGUACGCUUGCUUGAAUGUGCCAUGGCUGAAGAGCACUUAAAGCACGGGCGCGUUCCAAGUGCUGAAGUUUCUCUUGACAGUUACGCAACCGAAACUGAACCCCCUCCUCUACAGCUCCGGAAUAUGAGUUGGGAACCACCUAACAAGAUGGACUAGAUUACCCCACAAGGCAGAGGUUGAAUCUAGCUUGAAACGGAAGAUGGGGGGGAAUUUCUUGAAGAGCACAAGGCUUUAAACACUACUGAUGUACAAACCAUUAUCGAAAGUCAAGGAUAUCAGAAAAAUAUUGCAAUAACCAAUGUAUUAAUUGUACGGAAAAUAGGAAAAAUAAGUAUAUUGUUUCCCUUCUAUUACAGAAAUGUUGAAUUACAUUACGAGGAAGCUUUUCAGUACCGAUAAAUGUCAAAAGUUAAUGUAUUUAUCCAAGAUUGCAGUUAGGCUUCUCUAUUAUCUUAAAAAAAAAAAAAAAAGCAGCAAAAACCAACAACAAACCAACCAAACAAAAAAACCCACCCCACCCUACCUGUGCAAGAGAGACCUGAAAUGCCACUGGUUUCAGACUGGUAGAUGCCUAACGUGCUUAAGCUUUGAGCUACAGUUAGAAAAAUCUAAAUGGAAACCCUCCCCCUUCAUAGCUACUCCGCUCUUAAACGUGAGAGGGCAUUUCUCUCUGAAACACCUCUUGAACUGCAAAGUCAGACUGCUUACUGAAUUGUGUUGCAUCUGCUCGAGGGGGUCCUGGGAUGCACCUCAGCGUUUUGGGGUGGUGGUGAAACAAACGACACGGUGGUCCUUCCUGCGUUGUGUAUCUGAAGGUGGGAAGGCGAGGCGGGGGGGGAGAGGCAGGAUGUCGCUGCUGUGCCGGGCUGGGUCGGCAGUCUGCCCGCAGAUGCGCUUGGGUACAGUCUGGCCGCAGCGUACAGCAGCAGCUCUCUGGUCCCGUCUGCUUGAGUCUUGCUGAAUAUUAAAGCUCCACUUGUAGAGGUGUAAAUAAAGUCAAAUUGUGCACAAUGACCUGCCCUCCUCUGCUAGCUUGGCUUUUUCACGUGGCGUCUGUUUUGCCUUAGCUGCCUUGGGCUUAUGCAGGUAAACACUGUGAGAGGGAGGAAAUGGAUGUGCAGAAAAUGAUGCCUAGAAAUCAUGUGGAAUAAAGCAACUCUGAAAGCCUU